AUGCGAAUUCUACAUUGGAACAUUUUAGACGGCUGUCACGAUCCAAAGCGUUUGGAGCAGAUCAAAUCCUUCAUCGUUGAAUAUAAUUGCGAUGCCAUCACACUGAAUGAGCUCAACAAUUGGGUCACCAAUGGCACAAUGCAAUAUAUAGCAUCUGGGUGGGGUUUCACUUACGCCUAUGUAAAACCGCAAAGUCGAUCUGGACAUUUUGUGGGAUUUAUGUCAAAGACACCUUUCACAGUCCACCAGUAUCCAGAAGCCAAAGAGUCCAUCUUCCAUCAUGCAUUGCUCCACGUCUCUAUGGAUGAUGAUGUUGGGUCAAAGCUGAAUAUUUUUGUGACUCACUUAACGCCACGUUCAGCACUUGACCGUAGAGCUGAGACUGAGGAGAUUGUUCGAAGCGCUAAAGAAAUGAGCAUGCGAAAUGAAAAAGUUCUCGUUUUUGGUGACUUAAACACCUUGUCACCACUAGACAAGAAGCAUUAUGAUAAAGACAUGCUGGUAGAAAGUUUGCUCUCCAAACAGAACCGUGAUGUGCUGAUGAAGAAGUUUUUACGAGAGGGCAUGGAUGGCGUAAUCGUUGACUACAGACCCAUGUCAGUAUUAUUAGAUGGUGGUCUGACUGAUCUGAUUAUUCGUUACUGCGGUGAUGAUGAUCUGCAUAACACAGUACCAACAAAGAUCAACGAUGAUGUUGCCCAUGCUGCAAAAAUGAGACUUGAUUAUGUGAUGUCGAACGCUCAUUUCUCUCCUAAACACUGCUUAGCACGUGUCAUUGACGAUGAAAGUGUUCAAUACGGUGCUGGAGAAUCAAUAUCUGAUCUUGUUACUAAUGGUGCUACAACUGCUUCUGCAUCACGUUUUUGUAGUACCGAAAAUUUAUUUGAUGAAACAUAUCAACUCGUAUGGCUUGAUCAAAAUGUUAAUGAAACAGAAGAUAAUUUAAGUACACAACAAAAAUUGAGAGGAAUUAUCAAUCAUUUAAAAGUAUUUACAAAUAUCGACGAAUGUGAACAAUAUAUUCACCAAGGUUUAGUAGCAGGCCAAGAUGAUCAGAAAGUCGUUUUAGUCGUCUCUGGGCGAUUUGGACGUGAAUUAAUUCCACGUAUUCAUCAGCUGACACUAAUAGUGGCAGUUUACAUUUAUUGUAUGGACAAGGAAAGCAACAAACAAUGGGCUGAUCAACAUCAAAAGAUCAAAGAUAUUUUUACAGAUGCUGAUGAAAUGAUCCGUCGAUUGAAAGAAGAUCAACGUGUACGUGAACGGAUCGAUAAUAAAUCAAUUGGCAUAAGUAUUUACAGCCGUCUUGACGGAAACGGUGAAGCAGGUCAACAGCAACUUCAAGAACGAAAUGCACUGUUUCUACACUUACAAAUGUUGAUUGAAAUUUUACUCCGUAUGAAACCAUCGCCAGAAAAUGCUAAAAAAGAUUUGAUCAAUUAUCUUAACGAAACAUUUAAAGACAAUGAUGCUGAAGUGGAAUUGAUUGGCGAAUUUGUCCGUGAAUAUAAACCACAAUGGGAUCGCUUUUGGUCAUGGUUCAAAUACAAGCCAGAAAAAGCAAUAUGGUGGUAUACACGUGAAUCAUGUUUCUAUCGUCUUUUAAAUAAAGCGUUGAGAUGUCAAGAUUUUGAUAUACUCAUUGCAUUUCGUUUUUUUAUUAUCGAUUUAUAUCGACAACUAACGAAUGAACAUGCACAAUAUCUCCGUACCUUGUCAACUGAUGAUGAUCCGAUUCUUCGUGUUUAUCGUGGACAAGGUAUUGGUGUAGAUGAACUGCAUCUGAUACGUGAAAGCGUUGGUGAAUUUCUAUCCAUGAAUAGUUUCCUAUCGACGACAACAAAUCCAGCAACAGCACGACGUUUUGCUAAGUAUGUUACACCUACCAAUCACUUGCAACGUAUUCAAUUUGAAUUUGUAAUUGAUAUACGAAUGAAAAAUACCAGACCAUUUGCUAAUAUUCGUCAUUUAAGUUAUUUUCAAGACGAAGAUGAGGUGUUGAUUAUGUGUGGAUCAAUAUUCAAGAUUAAAGACGUUCAAUUUAAUCAAGAACAUGAGAUGUGGAUUGCCCAAUUAACAUUGUGUUCGGAUGAUGAUUAUGCAUUAAAAGAAAUUUUAGUACAUGAAAAGAAGGAUUUAGGCAGUGUACCGACUUUAAUGCAUCUAGGACAAUUCCUAUGUAAAAUGGGAGAAUAUGACAAAGGUAAAAUGGUUUUUCGUGAAUUGUUAAAUGAGGCAUCGUCAAGUCAUCAUGAUGCACAAAGUUGUUAUUUGAUGUUGGGUGCUGUUGCACUCGAACAGAAACAGUAUCAGACAUCAUUAGCAAAUUAUUUUACAUGUCUUCAAAUCCAAUUAAAAACUUCGUCUCCAUUCGAAUCACUGAUCGUUUAUCAGCCCGAUAAUAGUCAGUGGAUUGCACAGACGUAUUCAGCAAUUGCACGUGUUUAUUCAGAAACACAUGAAUUCGAUAGGUCAUUAGACUAUUCAUCGAAAGCACUCACUCUUCUUUCAUCCGAUAAAAAUCAUCGUAUGCGUGGACCUGUGUAUCGUACGAUGGCCAAUGUCUAUCGAGACAGUAAUGAUCAACAUCAAUACGAAUUAGCUUUACAGUAUUAUAAUAAAGCAUUUGAAAUACAACGCAAAACACUACCGAAAGAUCAUCAAACUAUUGGUGAAACAUAUCAAGACUUGGCACUUCUGUACGAAAAGCAACAGAACUACACGCUAACACUUCAGUCGUACACAGAAUCAUUGCGAAUUCAACGAAAAACAGUUUCAUCUACGCAUAAAGAUUUUCAAAAACUUAAAAUUCUUGAAAAUAAUAUCGAAAUUGUCAAACAAAAAAUCAUGAACCAACGUCGAUAA